GAAAAACAGAGCGGAAGGCGAGCGAAGUCUUCGUUUCCCGCUCGAGGCCACCGCUAUCCCGCGGCCGGAAGGCCACCGCUGCUGUCGGUUGCCGACCCUGCUCGCCGGAGUGCAGCUCCACGUGAGCACGUCCAGCGAUAGGCUCCACUCUUGCUCCACCGCUCCCGCCGUCGUGAUGCGGCGGGACCUCCUCGCUCGCCCGUGUUUUCUAAUCUUAAUCUGCUACUGCUGUCGUUCGUAGACCAGACGUGCGCGGUGCGCAACCCCCAGUGCAGUCCAUCUCGUCGGUAAUCCUUUCUUUCCGGUAAAUCAAUCUACCCGCGGUUAACGCGACGAUGGCGCGGUGAGGAGUGCGCGCGGAAGGCUGGCACCCGCAAUGCUCUGCGCCCGCGGCCUGUUCGACGGAAUUCCCAGCCGGGGCGCCUCGCGGUGUUGGUUCGGCUGCCAGGGCCGAGGAUGCCCUUGCGGGCGUACGUGGGCAUGCUGGCACGCGGAGCCAGCCUGACGCGUACACGUCCCCGCCGUUGCUCAAGGCGGUGGCAGCGAAGCGGGGCGCCGUGGCGCCGUCCGUCGGAGAGUCUGUCCACGCGCAUGUGGUUAAGUUUGGGCUGGAGCUCAACGCCCACGUGGCGAGCUCGCUGGUGCUCAUGUACGCUGCCAGGGGCGACGGCAUGACGGCGCGUGCGCUGCUGGACGUGCAGCCCGCCAGAGGUGGCGGCACGCCUGUUGUGUGGAAUGCGCUUAUGUCUGGCCACAAGAGAAGCAGGCAGUUCAGGCUGUCAUGCUGCUCAUUCCUGGAUAUUGUGAGGGCUGGCGUUGUGCCCACGCCGGUCUCUACAUCACGGUGCUGUCAGCAUGCGGCAAAGGCAACGACGUCCUGCUCGGAAUGCAGCUGCACAAGCGCGUCAUUGAGAGUGGGGUGCUGCCUGUCCUCAAGGUGGAGAAUGCGCUCGUUGAUAUGUAUGCCGAGUGUGGCGAGAUGGAAGCAGCUUGGGAUUUGUUUGAGGUCAUGCAGGUGAGGAACAUUGUGUCCUGGACGUCGGUAAUCUGUGGGUGUGUAAGACUAGGUCAGGUUGAUCGAGCCAGAGUACUGUUUGAUCGUAUGCCUGAGAGGGACACCGUCUCAUGGACUGCAAUGAUUGAUGGUUAUGUACAAGCUGGCCAGUUCCGAGAGGCAUUGGAGAUGUUUCGUGAGAUGCAACUUAGCAAGGUGAGGGCAGAUGAGUUCACCAUGGUCAGCAUAGUCACGGCAUGCACGCAGCUUGGUGCUUUAGAGACAGGGGAGUGGGCUAGAAUUUACAUGAACAGACAUGGGAUCAAGAUGGAUACUUUUGUCGGGAAUGCACUCAUAGACAUGUAUUCAAAGUGUGGGAGCAUCGAGCGUGCAUUGGACGUGUUCAAUGAGAUGCACAGUAGAGAUAAAUUUACCUGGACCGCUGUUAUACUUGGUCUUGCAGUGAAUGGCCAUGGUUUGGAGGCUAUCGAUAUGUUUGACAGGAUGCUUAGGGCGUUUGAAGCUCCAGACGAGGUGACCUUCAUUGGCGUUCUCACUGCCUGUACUCAUGCUGGCUUGGUUGACAAAGGACGAGACUUCUUUCUCAGCAUGACUGUGACCUACAGGAUUGCUCCUAAUGUGAUGCAUUAUGGAUGCAUAAUCGACCUCCUUGGCCGAGCUGGGAAACUAAGAGAAGCAUUGGAGACAAUAGGUAAAAUGCCCAUGAAACCCAACUCUGCAAUUUGGGGGACCCUGCUGGCAGCUUGUAGGGUCCAUGGUAACUCAGAGAUAGGUGAAUUGGCAGCAGAACGUCUCCUUGAGUUGGAACCUGAGAACAGCAUGGCUUACGUCCUUUUGUCCAACCUGUAUGCAAAAUCUAAUAGAUGGGGAGAUGUCCGGUGGCUUAGGCAAUUAAUGAUGGAGAAAGGAAUCAAGAAAGAGCCUGGUUGCAGUCUUAUUGAAAUGAACGGCACAAUUCAUGAAUUUGUAGCUGGCGAUAGAUCUCAUCCUAUGAGCGAAGAAAUCUAUUCUAAAUUGGACAUGUUACUCAUGGAUUUGAAGAAUGAUGGGUAUGUACCUGAUGUAACCGAGGUCUUUGUUCAAGUCACAGAAGAAGAAAAACAAAAAGUUCUUUAUUGGCACAGCGAGAAGUUGGCUGUCGCUUUUGCAUUACUCGUAUCAGAAUCCAGCGUGACAAUAAGGAUCGUGAAAAACUUGAGGAUGUGUUUGGACUGCCACAAUGCAAUUAAAUUGAUCACCAAGCUGUAUAUGAGAGAGAUUGUUGUGAGGGACAGGACACGCUUCCAUCAUUUUAGACAUGGACUCUGCUCUUGUAAGGACUAUUGGUAACUCAUCAUGCAUCGAUGAUGUAAAACAAGGUAAUAUCAGUUGUCCUAAAGUCUGAGUGAUCACUCAAUGAUUAACAAGCAUUUUUCAUUUCAAAUGAUGCACUGGCUGCAAAUCUGUACUUCAGAGGACGAAGUGAUAAUUAAGGCAGUAUUCUCACACCAAUGGAAGCCAUACAUGUUAAGUUCUCAUUUGGGAUCAUCCCCAAACAUCUUGGUCUAAUCUUCUCUGUUGCUGAAUGAUGAUUGUUAUAUUGACAGUUUGGCACAAUUUCUGUUAAAACAAAGAAAGUUUCAGUGGGGAAAUUCUUUCAGUAACAUUAUUUAACUUCUGGCCUGAAGCUGAUGAUCAUGGUGCAACAGCGUUCUGCCAUUCACUUGGUAGCAAAUCUGGGUGUCUGCUGAAGCUUUACUGUUUGGUGCUUAGUGAAACCAGGUUCGUUCUAUUUCCACCAAUCUGCAGCUUUCAUAUGUUCAAUCCCGUUGCCUAGUUGGUAGUUGAAUUUGUAAUGAACUCAAAACGUUGACCUGCUUUGAUUGUAGAAUAUUUCACCAUGCUUGUUCAUAGUUGCUCAGUAAAUCUUGAAACAUUUUGUGGAACAGCCACUCUAUUUAGACGCAUUUAUUUAUACCAUUGUAUAAGUUAUUCACACAUCUUUGUGCCCACAGUUGUUAGAUACCUCCUUAUCAAAAUAUAGGACAUUUUUGCACUUCAACUUGAAGUGCAAAAACGUCUUAUAUUUUGGUACGGAGAGAGUAAAUACAUACUUUUAUCCGAAAAAUAUAUUUAGAAGGUUAAAGUGCAUAUUUAGCAGGAAUGUGGCACCUGAAGUAAUUGCUUUCCUCAUUAAUCUUGAGUUUGGCCCUCAAACCUUUUUCUUGGAUUAAGAUGGGAAGAUCCUUGAAACUUAAUGUUCGUCACACUACUCAGUCAAACAUAAGCUUCUAAUUUCUUGCUUUAUGCUGGUUCUAGUUCCUUCUUUUCUUUCUAAUAUUCACCUCGAAUUACCUCUUGCUUUCAGUGUCAGUUUUGAUUGUGUGCAUACAUUUUAUUUAUUUUUUGGCCUUUUCCAACUCUUAUCAACUCUGAUGAGCUAGUGGGAAACAAAGGGAAGGGAGAACAUAACAUCUGGAAAAUCAGACUGUGUGUAACAUUAUAUUGACUGCCAUGGAACCUGUGUAACAGUAUGGAUAAUCGAUAUUGCUGUCAACUCAUUUGGACCAUGCCUAAUCUCUAAACAAUUAGGCCACCACCAGUGACCCUGAUACAAGCUACUGGUUAUUUGGAAAAUAUAUUUCUUUAUUAAGUUUACACCAUGUGCAUCAACCACAUGCAUUCGUCUUGUUUCCCAUUUCUUGAAUCAGUAGCUUUAUGUUGUUAUAUGAAGAACCUUCCUCAUCGAAAGCCCUCCUUGCCUUGAUGGCACAGUCUUUUGCUCUCACCCGGAACUGCUCUUGAGCUUUCCCCUCAUCCAUCAGGGCGUACACUGCUCUCUCCACAUCAUUUCUUGUAACCAUAGCCUCUUUGUGUUGAUGUCCCCACCAUGUAACUCCUUCCACUCCAACCUCCACCCCAAUGUUCAGCACAUCCACCACCAACUUCUCGUUUGAAAACUGCUCCGAGAAGUGUGGCCAUGUGAUCAUGGGCACACCUGCACAGAUGCUUUCUAUUGUUGAGUUCCACCCACAGUGUGUCAUGAAUCCUCCAAUGGCUUGGUGACACAGGAUCAUCACCUGUGGUGCCCAGCCCCUUAUGAUCAUGCCUCUCUCUUUGACACGUUCCUCGAAGCCGUCUGAGAGCCAUUCCUCAACUUCUGGAAACUUAUCUCCUGCUUUGAUCACCCAAAUGAAUGGUUUCUUGGUGGCUUCAAGUCCCAGGCCGAGCUCAAUAAGUUGCUGAGGUGCAGUGCAGGUGAGGCUGCCAAAGCUGACAAAGAUCACUGAGCCUGGCUUCAUUGAAUCAAGCCACUGCAAGCAGUCUGCCUCAUCUAUUGGUGCCUUGUUUCCUCUUGCGGCGAUUGUGUUGCUGUUCUGGUGGCAGAGGCACAUUGGCCCGACCGUCCAUACUUUCUUCCUUGUCACCUGCUCAAAGGAUUCGAUAUGCAAUGUCUCCAGCUCUUUGAAGCUGUUAAGGACUACGCCAUCGCAUCUCAGCUCCUCUUGAUAGAUCUUCUCACGAAUUUGCUCCAUACCUGGAAUGGGAAUGCGUCCAGGGCAUUUAGCCUUUGCCAGCUCCAGUGAUGUAGGGAACCCUGGGAUCGUAAUGAGCUCAUUCUCAUCUGUGACGUGUUUCAAUAAGUUGUCGCGGCAAAUGAUGUAACUGCAAGAUGGUAAUAGUUGUUAAAAUCGCAUAAAACUGCAGGCUUAAAGGU